AUGGGGAUAGGCGGCACGCUGGUCGACCUCUCGGUCAUGACCUGGGACAUGGUCAUCGCCCUAGCAAACCUCUUCACCGCAAAACUCGCACCAAACCAAGUCGUCCCCCGAGGCUGUCCGGGGCACAGAGGUUCAUGGCCGGAAUACAUCGCCCCGAAACCCAGCGACUCGCGGUCCGCGUGUCCGAUGCUGAACGCCAUGGCGAACCACGGCAUCCUGCCGCGCGACGGCAAAAACAUCACCUUUCCCGAGCUGAACCACAAAGUACGACAGACGUUCAACUUUGCCGCGAGCUUCUGCUUUUUCGUGCCCAACUUUUCGGCGCGGUUUUUGAACAAGUCGUACGCCUCGGAUCGCUUCGACUUGGCGGAUUUGAGUCUGCACGCCGAGAAUGCUAUUGAGCACGAUGCCAGUCUGACUCGGCAGGAUGCUGCGUUGGUUCCGGAUCAAGGGAAGCCUGACCUCCAACUCGUGCAUGAUCUCUUGGAGGAAGCGACGGGCAAGACAUCGGAUGGGGCAACGCUGCUCACCAAGUCCGACUUGUCACGGGCGUUGUCCAAACGGAGGGCAGAUGCGAGGAAGACGAACCCGCACUACUCGGAAAGCUUCUUCCACAACAUGUUUGGAGCUGCAAACUCAUCCACAAUGCUGACCAUUUUCGGCGGACGUGUGGAGGAUCUCAAACCCAUGCUCGAGGAGGAGCGCUUCGCCGAUCAUUGGCAACCCCGUGUCUUGGAUCGUUAUGGGCUGACCAUGGCCAAGUUUAAUGGCACGGUGCUGCCGGUGGAGCGCGGGGUUGAUGUCAAAAAGUAUCAAUAG